AUGGAGGGAGAAGGGGAUAGCCAUAGGAGGAGUAUUCAUCAAAGACCUACUACUCCGGACGAGCAGAAUUCAAAUCUCCUUCGAGAGAUGAGGAAGGAGAUGGACGAAUUGAGGAAUGCUAUUAAGGGAAAGAUAGACAGAAGUGUAGACAAAAUGGUAAGGGCCAUAGAUUCACCUUUCACUACAGUAGUCCUUGAAUGCCCCGUGCCGUCAAAGUUUCAUUUACCUCAACUUGAGCCGUUUGGCGAGCUCAAAGACCCUCAGGAUCACCUUAAUACCUUCAAAAAGACGCUGGGCUUUCAACAACCGCCCGACGAGAUACUGUGUCAUUCCUUUCCCGCCACUCUCAAAGGGGCUGCAAGAGAAUGUUUCACAAAGUUGCCCACAUUGUCCAUCGACAACUUCAAGCAGUUAAGCAGCGCUUUUUUCGAGACCCUCGAGGUAGACGAAGCUGAUGACAAAGUACAGCUGACGACCUUCAAAGCAGGGCUGAGAUCCAGAGAUCUCGUGGCUUUACUCGCGAAGAAUCCUCCAAAGACAAUGGCAGAAAUGCUCUUAAAAGCACAAAAGUACAUGACUGUCGAAGACACUUUAGCAACCAUAAAGGACGUAGAGAAGCCAGGAGACAAAGGAAGAAGGGAUGACAAGCAUAGAGGUCAAAAGAGGGAACGCCCAGAUCGUCGAAAUAAUGACGGGAACAAAAGAAAAGAUGAUAAAGGUCCCCGAAUAGUAAGAUUUACUCAUCUGGUUAUGCCUGUUGACAAAAUUUUGACGCAGAUUAAGGACGAGCACUAUCUCAAAUGGCCGAGGCCAUUACACUCAUUCCCUAACGUCCGUGAUAAGAACAAGUACUACUGA